UUCUGAUGUCAGGGACUAAUUCAGGGCGUCUGUUGUAAAGUAAUGUUAAUGAGUCAUGUUAGUUUACAGUCGAUGAGUGAGUAAUCGUAAUAGGGAAAAGAAAUGUCUGAAUCGGGGAAACAAGCUUCGGAUGCAUCAUUUCCUGACCAGUUGAAACAUCAACGCCCUGGCAGCUCUAACGUGGACCUCCAGGGUCUGCCGUCCUCUCUUGGCUCACCACCAGCAGAGGCUAUCCGAUCUCCAUCUGCAGAAUCGAGCGACUUGUUGUCUUUACCAUGGGAGAUCAUAAUCCACAUUGCCUCAUACCUUCCAGCACAUUGUGUAGUAAAUGUGCUGCCAAAGGUGUGCCGCCUUUUGAGUACUGUUGGUGAAGACGUGACAGCUUGGCAGCUACGGGCACAUAGACUAAUUGGAUUUAGAGCAAGAUUUCCAGUUGGACCGAGGGAGGACUUUAACUGGCUCAAUUCUUGUCUGGAGAUGGAGCAUCUCAUUACCUGCUGGGCAGGUGAAGUGCAACAUGUGGCUGAACGAUUGGAGGAGAAUCAGGAGGAAAGGGAUCAAGUGAGGCCGCAGGAAAGAGAGCUGGUUGCUGGAGGACAUGAUAAUGAAGCAGAUGAGGGUGAUGGGAUGGCAGUGGCAGCCCAGGAAGUUGCUUAUGCUGCUGAUGAAGGUGUAGAAGUAGCAGUGGAAGCUGAGGAUAAUGAAAUGCAGCCGGUGUUUGAUGGAGACCAGAUGGCGAUGUUGAGAGAGGAGUUAGAAUGUAGGCUGGAGGUUGGUGCAGCUGCACUAGUUGGAAAUGAAAGGAUGUGGCUUAAUGCAGAUGUAGGGGAAAAUGUGCCUUAUCCAGAGCAAAAUGACCCUUCCCACCUAAGAAAUAUGAAUAACAGAGGAUGUGUAGAAAUGAUCCCACAUCAAUCCGCCAGAAGUCCUAGUCCUCCCCUAGCACUGGAGUGCAUUACUCUACCCUCAAGCCACAUCGCUGCGGUCAACUCUGUGCUCCUCCUCGGGGGGAGAGGUGCGGUCUGUGCCACAGCGUCCAGAGACUAUGAUGUGAAACUCUGGGACGUUGAGGCAGGCUCUGAUGGUGUGCUGCUGAACAGGCUGGGAAAGAAGGGGGACUUCACCUCUCAUCGGGGCUGGGUCUGGUGCCUGGCGUCCCAGGGACCGCUUUUAGCGUCAGGGGGCUUUGAUAGCACAGUGAGGCUGUGGGACUUACAGGAAGGUGGCAGAGACAGAGGCCUGAUCAGGGCCUCAGCGCCUGUCCUCUGCUUGUCCUGUCAGGGGGAUGUCUUACUGGCCGGGACCUUUGACAAGAGGAUCAAUAUUUACGACACUAGAGCUCCUGAGCCUCUGAUUAAAAGCGUCGGUCUCCAUGGUAAUGCUGUAUUGUGUCUGGCUGCGGAUGAUACGUAUAUCAUCUCUGGCGGCAAGGACUGCACUGUGGCCGUCUAUGAUCGCAGGGCACUGAAAGCAUUGAAAAAAAUUAAGAUGAGCUCCUUCUUAUCCUCUAUGAGCUACAGUGGCCAUGAGGUCUGGGCUGGGGACAACAAAGGCAUGCUGCGCUGCUUUUCCAUGCAGACCGGGACCUUAAAGCCCCUCUCCCAGUUUGAUGUAGGUCACACAGCUCUGGUAACAGGUAUCCACAGGACUCAAGGCAGCCUCUACACCUGCUCGACCGAUAAAACUCUCAAGAUCCAUAUCCCCAGUGGACCACCAAAGACUUUGUGUACACUCUGUCAUCCAUCUGUAGUCCAUGGGCUGAGUGUGGAGGCUGGAGUUCUUGCGUUGGCUUCAGGUGACGCUACGGUCAAUAUCUGGAGACCCGGGAAGUAAAACGUCACUGGAGGGUUGAAAGAAAAGAAAAAAGUGCAUCUUCACUUGUUGACCAAUUUUUUUUUUUUUUGUCUUCAUUGUAAGUUUUAAAUUGAGUUCAGUUGGUGAUGAAAUGUUAAUACAUGCUGGAUAUUAUCUGUAAUGAAAGGAAUGGUGGAAAUCAAUGAAACCUGCACAUAUAAGCUUAUUCUAACAUAUUGAGAAGAGAUAUGAUUUGUCAAAGUCAAAUAGGUGUGGUAUAAAACACUUAAAAAUAUAAACUAAGAAACAUGACAAACUGACACAAUUAAAAUGAAAUUAUUACUUUUAGAGAGUGAGUUUAAACUGGUGUAACAUGGUUUAGAAUGACCGUAAUUGUACCAGAUAAGACAAUUAUUA